AUGGCGGUGGAAGGAGGGCCAGAGUCACGACAACGGCCUGGCCUCCCGCUGCACCCAGAAUGGGGAUCAGAAGAUGAAUAUGUCCAGUCUUUGCUCUCAUUCGCAACGAGCUCGAAUCUCUUCCGUAACCUCUGUGGUGGCGUCCACAUCUUGGACUUCCUCACCCGCGAGCCUGAUCUGUACACUUACGUGCUCCCCAAAGACUGGCGUGACUGGUUCGACCUCGUCACCGUCGACCAAGUCCUUGACCUCCUGAUGCAUAAGGACUUAGCAGAUCUUGAGGACGCCGUGGAAUCUCCAAACUCGAGUCUCAACCCUCCACCGAGCCUAUUGGACUACAUUCGCACGGUGCGCAAGCACUGCCUCCAGAGACAAUUCCACCCAGUCUCAGACGACAUCUCGGACUUGCCGCGGCAUGUCUCCGUGGGCAUGAAGACCAAGAAGGUCCACGAAGUCACCAACUUUGCAGCAUACAUAGGCAAACUCUCAGCCGAUGUCUCAGGCCGACUCGGGGAUCCCAUCUCCGUGGUCGACUUCGGAUCCGGACAAAACUAUCUCGGCCGGACACUCGCUUCACCACCCUACAACAAGCACGUUAUCGCCGUUGAGAGGAGGCACCACAACAUCGUCGGCGCACGGGGCAUGGACGUCCACGCCAAACUGGCCAAGAAGGAGAAAAUCAUGCGCAACAAGAAAGAGUGGAAGCGCCAGCUCGCCCUGCAGAACAAUGGCAAUGGCAAUGGCAAUGGCAUCCCGACUCCGCCUCCUGAAAAGGUAGACACGGAAGCAUGUCUUGGACCAGAUGCGAUCUUCGCCGAAGCAGAUAUCACAUACAAGCAGUUCGACCCGGAUAAAGGGUCCAUGACAUAUAUCGAGCAUGACGUCCAAGACGGCCAUCUCGAGGACAUACUCUAUCCGCCUGAAGACGACGACAACAUCGACGUCGACAAUAUCACCACUACCACGACCAACGGCGACUACCGGUCGUGCCAUGAUCACGGCCACGACGUCAAUGUCCGUUCCAGGGCCGCUGAAAAAGACCAUACCACAAUAUCCCCCGCAAAGAAACCCCGGCCGAAAGGCAAACCCAAACCAAAAGCCAUGGUCGUCUCGCUCCACUCGUGCGGCAACCUCUCGCACCACGGCAUCCGAUCACUGAUCCUGAACCCGUCCGUCUGCGCCGUGGCCAUGAUCGGCUGCUGCUACAACCUGCUGACCGAACGCCUGGGCCCGGCGACGUACAAGGUCCCCAACCUGCUACGGUCGAACCACCCUCGCCUUUCGAGCACGGGAUCGGCGUACGACCCGCACGGCUUCCCGAUGUCGCGCACGCUCGAAGACUUCACGACGCACGAAUCGCACAAAUCGCACAAAAAGCCUGAAGCCGAAACCGAAACCGAAACCCAGACCGGGCAGCAGCAGCAGCAGCAGCAUGGCAUGCAGCGGGGCGUCAAACUCAACAUCACAGCGCGCAUGAUGGCCGUACAAGCCCCCUACAACUGGGGUCCCGACGACAGCGAGGCUUUUUUCCGCCGCCACUUCUACCGCACCUUACUCCAGCGCAUUCUGCUGGACCUGGGCGUCGUGCAACAGUGCGCCGUUGCCGAUGCCGAUGCCGAUGCCGAUGCGGGGGUUGAUCCGGGGGACAGUAGUCUAGCGGGCACUCUUGCGGGCAAUCGCGCCGACGGCGGGAGCGUCACGGGCAAAGACACGAGCGGGACGCCGCUGAUCGUCGGAUCCCUGCGGAAAGCAUGCUUCACCAGUUUCCGCGCGUACGUGCACGGGGCGCUGGAGAAAUUGAAAGCAGACCCGGUCGAAGGCGCCAUGAUCGCGGAACGCACGCGAUCGCUGACCGACGACGUGAUCGACCACUACGAAAAGGAGUGGGGGUAUGCGAAGAAACACCUCGCCGUCAUGUGGAGUCUGAUGGCCUUCAGUGCGGGCGUUGUCGAGAGCAUCAUCGUGACCGAUCGCUGGUUGUACCUGAAGGAGCAGGCCUGCGUCGAGGAUGCUUGGGUCGAUAUAGUCUUUGAUUAUAAACACAGUCCUCGGAAUUUCGUGGUCGUGGGAAUCAAGAAGAACGAAGCACCAGCAUCGCAGGAGACGACUUGAGCAACAGGAACACAUCCGGUACCAGGCAUUCAGCAGGCAUAUAUUCUCUAUCUAAUUGCCAUGUCUAUCUCCGCAUAUGCAACGUCAUGAUCUGUCUAUAUGUCAGAAUCGCGGAUCUGGACUGUGACUUCCACUUCAAUCCCCGGAGCACACUUUUAAUCACCUCCCAGGGACGAUCUCGACUUACAGCUUGUUGGCGGUGGCCAAGGGUGUCACACCCUCCAUGAAUCCACCUUCGACAACCGCCGUGAUGAGCUGAUUGGCAAUGGCUGUCUUUGGAGGUAACCGCAAAUUGCCCACCUUGUACCCUGCAGGAGCAUCCUCACCCAGUCCACUGGUCCCAUUCUUCAAGGCCUCCUGGACUUCCUCCAGGGUGAACCACUUGGCGAUCUCCAACUCGGGAUCAUGUUCAAGCUUGAUCUCUUCAUCUUCAGGGCUUGCGACUUGUGCAAUGGCUCCGAUCAUCAAGUUGGCUGGAUACGGCCACGGCUGUGUCGAAUGGAUGAUGACCCGCGACAAGACCACCCCGCUUUCUUCCCAGACCUCUCUCCGGACAGCGUCCUCGACGCUUUCUGCCGGCUCAAUGAAUCCCGCCAAUGUAGAAAACCAGUACGGU